GCAUGUGGCUCCAAAGGACUCAAAGCUUUGGUGCGGGAUCGCUUAGGGGCGGAUCGGCGGCGUGUUUUUUUCUUUUUUCUUUUGCUUUGCAUUUUAACCUCUGAACCGGAGCAAGAAAAGAAAAAUUGCAAAACUAAUUAAGAUUGCGAGGCUUGAAAGGUUGGGAGCCUCCUUAAUGCUUUCAUCCUAUCUUCAUCACUCCUUCCAGACACUUCUGAAAGAAAUGGGGGCAGGAGCAUUAGCCAUCUGUCAAAGCAAAUCGGCCGUGCGCCUCAAGGAGGACGUGAAGAAGAUCGCCGCCGCCGCCCCCCUGAGCGGUUCGAGGGCGCCCUGCUGGAGGAGGGUGUUCGGCGUCGCCCUGGUGGAGCUGCAGCAGCAGGGGCUCAGCCUCGACGGGGUCCCCACUCUCGUGCGGGACAUUGCCGAGUUCCUCACCCGGCACGGGCUGGCACAAGAAGGUCUUUUCAGGGUGAAUGGUAGUUUAAAAACAGUGGAGCAUCUGCGAGCAAAGUACGAGAACGGCGAGGAUGUGGACCUGCCAGCAGAGGGCGAUGUGAGCUCAGCAGCUAGUUUGCUGAAGUUGUUUCUCAGAGAGUUGCCAGAGGGAGUGAUCACGUCGGCUCUACAUCCCAGAUUCAUACAACUUUAUGAAGACGUGCAGAAUUCUGGCCGGAAUGUCACUGCUUUGAGAGAGCUCGUGAGGCAGCUUCCAGAAGCCCACUAUUGCCUCUUGAAGUACCUUUGCCAGUUCCUGAGGAAAGUUGCUGAGCACCACUCUGAGAACAGGAUGACGGUUUCCAACCUUGCAACUGUUUUUGGGCCAAACUGCUUUCACGUAUCUUCUGGAUUUGAAGGUAUGAAGGAGCAGGAAAUCUGCAACAAAAUCAUGGCCCACCUACUGGAAGACUAUACCUCCUUGUUUGAGUGGCAACUCACAAAGGAGGAGAAAGAAAAGCACCCAUGUGAGGAAUUAGCAAAAAUUAUAUUGGUGAAAGAGGCCAGCUGCCAGAGGACCCUGCCAAUCAUUCUGAGCGGUUGUGAAAGAGAAAUGCCAAAGCCAAGUCCCAGGAACAAGAUCACCAAAUCAAAGCACGAAGGAUCUUCCGGGGCACGCAGAGUGCCGCAGCCCAAGCGGUCUGAAGGAAUUCCCAGGGUUAGCAUUCAUGUAACCGGCAGUUUGUGUUCAGAGGAGAUGGAUUUAGCCGACGAAGUCUCUCUCAUAAACAGCACUGCAUUCUUUAACAGCUCUCAAGAAGAUGAAAGACCUAUGUCGCCCUUCUAUCUGAGUGCUCACGUACCCCAGGCCAACAACAACAGCGUCCCUGCUUCUGGAGAGUAUUUAGAAAAAACCAUCCGGUCAGCGGUCGAGCAACAUCUCUUCGACGUUCAUGGAUCCGGAGGACAAAGUUCAGAGGACUCUGAAUCGGGGACCUCAUCCACCUCGUCAAACGUGUCUGCCCGGCAAAGGAGGAGGCACCAUAAAGAGCAGGAAGAAGCCCGAAGGAACAGAGACAUGGAGGUCAUCAAUAAAGAGAACAUUCCUUCUGGCUUCAACAGCAUUGAAGAAUGUAUGCUGACUGCCCAGGAUGUCGAAAAAUUGCAAGAGAACAGCUCCGGGUACAUUGGAGAAAGGAGCAAACCAAAGCGGCAAAAAUCCAGCACCAAACUCUCUGAGCUUAAUGACAAUCAGGACAGCCCUCUGAUGAUGGAAAGUUUUGGCUCCAUGAGGCCUCUGGACAGAAGAGGACCAGAUGACAUGGAAGUGCUUUCUGGAGAAAGCAGAGAGAAUGAAAAUGAUGGUGAUUCAUUAAGACACUCUCAGAACGCAAGCAUGAAGAUCCAGGAACAUCCCAGCAUUCCCGAAGCCAGACUUCAGAGGAGCCAAGAGGCGGACACCCCGGAAGAAACCUUUGGAUCCGAAGUGCCUCAACUGGACCUGACAGCCUUGUGCAGCGAAAGCAGUUGGGAAGAGCCUGUCCCAGCGUUCUCCUCUUGGCAGCGCGAUGGUUUAGAUUCCGAUGAAGCCCGCCUCUCCCCGCAGGCAGGCCGCCUGAUUCAACAGCUUCUGGAUGAAAAUAGUGACCCGAUGCUGUCCCCUCGUUUCUAUGCCUACGGUCAAAGCCGGCAGUACCUGGACGACACAGAAGUGCCUCCUUCCCCUCCCAAUGCGCAUUCAUUCAUGAGAAGAAGAAGUUCUUCUUUGGGCUCUCAUGAAGAUGACCAGGAAGAUCUGACUCCCGCACAGCUGACGCGCAGGAUCCAUGGGCUGAAGAAAAAGAUCCGGAGGUUCGAAGAGAGAUUUGAAGAGGAAAGGAAAUACAGGCCGUCACACAGCGACAAAGCUGCCAACUUAGAGGUGCUGAAAUGGACAAACGAUCUCGCAAAGUUUCGCAAGCAACUGAAAGAGUCGAGACUGAAGAUGUCGGAGGAUCUGGCUCCGAUGAUGCGCCAACGGAGCAACACGCUCCCCAAGAGCUUUGGGUCUCAGCUCGAGAAAGAGGAAGAAAAGAAACCAGAGUUGCCUGAUAAAUCAACAAAGCCAGCGGUGGAGGCAACACUGGAGGCCAUCCAGAAGAAGCUCCAGGAGAGGAGGUCAGAGACAAACCGGCCAGAGGACAUUAAGGAUAUGACUCGGGAUCAAAUCGCGGCGGAGAAAGUGGCCCUUCAGAAAGCCCUCUUGAAUUACGAGAGCAUCCAUGGAAGGCCAGUCACAAAACACGAACGGCAGAUGAUGAAGCCCCUGUACGACAGGUACCGCUUGGUCAAGCAGAUCCUCUCUAGGGCCAACUCCAUCCCUAGUAUUGGUUCCCCAUCCAGCAAGCGGAGAAGUCCUUUGCUGCAGCCAAUUAUCGAGGGUGAAACAGCGUCCUUCUUCAAGGAGAUAAAGGAGGAAGAGGAUGGCUCAGAGGAAGACAGCAACGUGAAACCAGAUUUCACAGUCACCAUAAAAUCAGACUUUAGUGUGAGAAGUUUCUUGGACCAACUAGAAGAUGAUGCCGACGGCUUUGUUUCUCCAGUGGACGACCGGAUUCCAUCAAGAAGCAGUCAAGAUAUGGGACUAUCAAACCUCCAUGCUGCCUCUAUGCCGGAACUUGUAGAACAGCUUCAAGAAGUGAGGGAAGAGAAAAAAAGGAUCCGGAAAAAACUGAGAGAUUUUGAAGAUAAUUUUUUCCGACAAAAUGGAAGGAACGUCCAGAAGGAGGACCGUACUCCUAUGGCCGAAGAGUAUAACGAAUACAAACAAGUUAAGGCCAAGUUGCGGCUUUUGGAAGUCCUCAUCAGCAAAAGAGAUAUGAGUUCCAAGAUCAUGUAAGGAAGAUCACGUCCUUGACCUUGCCAAUGAUAGAGUUAAGAAGUUGGACAAGCCAAAGGAAUGAUUGCUUGAAGUACUCAGUGAAAGCCUGGUGUACGGGAGUACUUUUGAGCAGCUCUCCGUGGACUGAGAAGCAGGACAGCAGACCCUAGCAUCUUUCUUUAGACUUGCAGACUGUUCUUUCAACAAGCUGGUUCCCCAAGCCAGCUAGAAGAAGGGGUUACGAAACAGUCGAAAGAUUCUGUUCCAAAGGGGGAGGAGUCAUUUGCUUUGAUCAGUUUGCGGCUUCUGAAAUUUUUAGAUGAUCAGAGUAAGAUUUAUGCCUUCUCCAGUGUGUGAAUGGAAAGAGAGAUGAACUCGCUUCAGCUGUUGCAGAUCACCAAUAAUUAUCUGUAAUCUUUGGACCAGACAAAACACCAGGGUCUGUUGUAUUGGGUCAGGAUGCUGACUCCGAGAUGAUUCUGUUCAACGGUAGUGUUUGGAAACGAUAUUCUUGGGAAUCUGGCAUUUGACGUUUGGUUUGUUGGCUUUUGGUUGUUUUGGUUUGCCACUGUUCGACGUCGAAUCGCCACUGCAAGGAAAAUGCUCCUACCGUGGUGUUUGCGCUGACUUCUUUCGCAGAGCUAUUUCUUGUCCCAAGGUCCCAUUUUGUGAUUGCCUCUUCUGUUUGAACAAAGAUCCAACCAGUUUUCCCAGUACCAAAAAAGGAGAGAAUAUGCUGGGAAACAGUGUGUGGGGGUGUGUAUUUACAAAAGCCAUGUGGGCUGGGGGCUCUUGUGAGAAUGGGAAUUGAAAGGAGAAGCUGGCUGGAUCCUACCCAUGGAAAAAACGAAAGUGGGAAAGCGAUCGGUUGUCCUCAAAGUUGUGCCAACAACUGAGUUGAAAAGAUAGUAGCAUGGAUCAUUCGGAUCGGACAAGGCUAGUGGUUUUUUUAUUGGUCUGGGGCAACUUGGGGUUCCUCGGUAAUCAAGAGAUUGCUUGGUGAGAUGAUCGAUAAUGGCAGACAAUCUUCCUUGAAAGUCAACGUGUCUUCCAUGUUGGUUUUCCCUCCUUUAUCUCCCCGAGGCCAGUUCCUUGGAACCCCGGCCAGAAACUUCCACUGGAAGCCAAGGGUCCACAGCAGAAGGACUGAGUUCCUUAAGUCUUAACUCUUCCUCCAGAGUAAGGCAGCGAGGAAGCACCUUUGCUGCACGAGGAACGUGCCACACUUAGCUAAGCGAAAUGUGAGGAUGCAGCACUGACUUUUAAAAUAUGGGACACAUCAGCCACUGCUUUGCCAUAGCAACUUUGGUUGCGCCCACCCUCCCAAAAAACUUUGACAGUUCCAUCAGUAUCCAAUUAUGAGAUUGUACCUUUUUGUACCCGUGCUUAGCUGCAGCUGUUUCUGCAGCGAGAUUGCUGCACUUUUAAAAUGGCUUGUAUAAAAUUGUAGGUACAAUGAUGCACUUUAGAGAGAGAGAGAGAGAAAGAGAGUGUGUGUGUAUGCAUGUGUUUAUUUUUUUAAACAUCAGAACUAAUAGAAAGCUUAACCAAAACUGUAUUUUAAAAAAAGAAAAAAAAGUUCCUCAACCUGA